GAAUUUCGUUCUGCGGCGCCAAUCCUUCUAGAAAGAGUUGUCUCGCGGACAAGCGUCCGAUUCUGAUGCUCUCACAUUUCGCAGUUGGUUUGAAGCGGUCAACGGUUUAUAGAUUUAGUACGCGAUACGGAAUAGAGCUUUCAUCCUUGCUUCAUGCCUUGUACGAUGAAACGACUGUGGAUUCCACCGGUAGACUCCCAUCCCAUGCCACUCACGUGUUUCCGGGAUAGCCUACCAAGCAAUGUAGAUCUUCCUUUAACAGGCAACCGGACCAGUCAAAAUAUUUUAAAAACACCAAACCCAACAAGAGAGAAAAUCUACAAGAUUCAAACGUGCGAAAAACUAUCGGCACCGUACCAAAAGUUACCCACUUGCACCGCUGAUUUUCAUCUCUACAGUUGGACUCUUCCAUCUGUAUCCACCCUGGAAUCGCUCGCCGAGAUUGGUGCGGGAUGUUUCGGCAACACGAAGCAAAUGAUCGGAUUGAUAUUUCCAAGGCCAAUAGCAGAGUCGGAAUACGUUUGCCGCGUACCCAUUUACCUGAGUCGCGGCUUAGCGCGAGCUCGCGUUUGGAAAGUGAACAAAGUGCGGUUGGAUCCGUCGCAGUUGCAGAAGGCCAUGGCGUUGCAUUCCGUGCUAGCCGAACUACUCACUGAACUAACGCACUAUGAGUUCUACUCUGUUGACAGUGAAGCUUGCAAAAGCUGUAAGGUGCGAAAAUUCAAUCACUAUGACUGGAAUCCGGAGCAAUCACUCUUUCUGGGCCUUUUGACUAUAACAAAAGACAAGCUGAUCGACUGGGCGGCAAGCGACGAACUCCUUCGCUGGUCGGAAUCGAUGAAGCUUUGGCGGAUGGGCGUCUCCAAAACCCAAAGUAUUGUUGAGCUUCAUUCGAGCGGAAUUAUUUCAGCCUAUCCGUGUGUGCUGAGCAGUUUGCCCCCAAACAUGUGUCACGGCCGCCUCGUUCGACCGCGUUCCCUUCCAAAACACGACUCUGGCCUGUUCGUUGUCUGUGAUAGAAUAAACGCAUCAUGCCCUACAAAACAAAGGGAUAGGGAUACCGUAUCCUGCUACCGGCUUUCACGUCACCUAAAUGCAUGUCGUGUGAAUUCCGGGUUGUCCGAAAAGACGUCCAGUCGGAUGCCGAUUGAUUUUCGGACAAGUGACUGUUUUGUACAUCCACUUCCUGCUUGGCUGUGGUUCUCACUUACUCUUAUUCCACCAAUCCUCUACCAAACAAAUAGAGCGUUAUUGUCCGUCGAAUUUUGUGUCAAGUUAACACAGUUUGUGACUCUUAGUGCGGCUAAUUGUUGGUCGGUCGUCAGUCCACUGACUGUCCUUGUCCCAGAUCGAUUGGACGCUCCGAAUGGAAUGCUUCGCCAGCUAUAUCAUUCCACGGCUAAUGACAAACAGGCAGAAUCAUCUAAUGCAGGUCAACAUUGGGACAAAAAGGUUGUCACAAAGCUACCCGCGUCAUAUCCUAUUCCUGGACCUACGGAACUGUUGGAAGCUACAACACUUUUGCGUGCAGCAGAUUCAGUUAAUUUGGAACGUUUGGAAUUCAUCGGAGACUCCUUUCUCCAGUUGAUCACGACGUUGCAGGUCUAUCAGAAUUCAUCUUUGCAAGCAGACGAGCAACAGUUGACGAAUAAACGUUCUGUGCUCGUAUCAAACGCCAACUUGUAUGGCAUUGUUGAUCGCGAACAGUGGUACCGGUACUGCACUACUCGGCCGUUUGACACUCGCGACCUUUUCAUUCCUCCAUGUUAUACGCUCAAGUCCCAAUAUCAGGAACCGGAUGAUCUGCGACUAUAUGUGAAAUUAACCGACAAAUCGCUUGCAGAUAUGAUCGAAGCAUUAUUAGGCUGCUUUCUACAAUGCGUUGGAAUACGUGGAGCUUGCGGAUUGCUGCAGCGUUUUGGCAUCUCUUUUAUGGACUGCGUUAAUGGCACUUUGAAUUCAUCUGCUUCGAUGUGGCGCUGCUUCUUCCAGGACCCCUUCUGUUUGACCGAGCAAUUAAGCAAGUUAACCAUCGGUUCUGCUGGUGGAGAUGAAGCUACUACAGCUGUGCUGGAUGAAAGUAUUAUCAGUUUACAAGGUCGGCUGGGAUAUGUGUUUAGGAACCAGGCCCUCCUUCACGAAGCCAGGACGCAUAGUUCCUACUCUCCAUUGGAGCCAACCGUUUGUUACCAGCGCCUGGAAUUUCUUGGUGAUGCCGUGUUAGGUUACGUUGUUUCCGAUGAUUUGUUCAGAAGGUUUCCGGAUUAUGAUCCUGGCAUGCUGACGAAUCACCGGUCUCUUAUUGUGAACAAUUUAGUCCUGGCUCGUGUACUCGUUGAUCUGAAAUUACACAAUGGUAUUCGCCAUAAUAUCCCAUCGCUCCAUUCAAUGGUGGACAAGCUAUGUUCGGUACGCCUAGCUGACGUGAAAAGUCUAAGCGAGUUGAGGGAGAAAAUCCAGCUGAACAUUACUGCGUUGCCGAUGAAGAUUUUGGGCGAUGUGUUCGAGUCACUCAUCGGAGCCGUGUUUGUAGACACAAAGGGUGAUCUACAGGUGAUACAGACCAUUGUGCGUCGACUGCUGGGGAAAGUGCUGAAAUUACCGCCAUAAAUCGUUUGGGCCUGAGGACGAAAGUGCAAUGGAUAUGUCAUCAUGAUUAUUGGUGGAUUUCCCAUUUCGUAAGAUUCAUUAAUGAAUUCGCUAUACCACCGGUGAUUGACCACACAUUUCACUUACGACUUGAACUUUCAUGACUUUACUAUGAAAAGGGCUAGUUCCGUACUUUCUGAUUUUUUACUCCACUAGUUUAGAUCAACAACUUCAUAUACUUAUUACACUUA